AUGGCAUCAGAAGAACAAAUCGCUGCAGUUUAUCAACAAAAACUAUGGAAUUUGCAAGUAGACAAUGGCAAAAUUAUGCUGGAAAGUGAGAAAACGAGGUCUGGAAUUCUGAAAGACUACAAUUAUUUGGAAAUCAAAAUUCUAGAGGAAAAAUUCGAUUUUCGUCACAUGAACUUGACCAAUUUAUACAAAAUAAUGAAACGUUGGAGUGGAGAAUUGACAUUCGAUGAGUUUCGUAUAGCUUGUCUUCGCCUUGCCAGACAGUUUCAAAAGUUUCAAAAGCAUUUCGUCGAUAACAAAUUAUUGCAGGAUGGAACGUACGGUAAUUUGAAAUUGCCCCCACCAACACAACUUCUUGAUGCCGUCAGUGCCCUGCAGAACUUCUCCAACUCUGCCCAAAAUCUACAAAUCAUUAUUCACGAAGAUUUAUUUUUCGACUACCAAAUGCUCCAAAAAAGAAUAAUUGAAAAAUCCAAUGAGAUUCAGUCCAGCAUUCAGCAAUUUAUUAUUGAGUUUGAAAUUCAUAGAAAGAAUUCGAGAAAAAUUUGGAACCAAGUUUUUGGGUUCAAUGCGAACAUUUUGAGAAGAAAGAACGAUUUGGAAGUUAAAUACAUUCACAUCAAGAGUUUGGUGUCCCAUUUGGAGGAGUUGGUUAAAUUUCUCUACAUUCCUAUGUCCAGACGAUUCGAUGAUACAAUAGCUACAUAUUAUCAAUCUUUAGUGGUCUAA